GGAGAGGAAGGAGGAACUAGGACCUGCUGUAGAGGAAAAGCAUCUGGGAUAUUGGAUGCGUUAGGUUUCAUAAGAUCUUUUCUUCACAGAACAGCUGGAGUCAUUCUUACUUGGCAUUGUAUGAAUUGUACCUGGUAGAAUACUGUCAGUUAGGUAUUUUACUGAUUGAUGGUUAAGGUGCCUUAUAAUAUUGACUGUAGGACACUACUGUUGUGUCUAUUCCUACUGAUUGCUGUUAUGCUACACUGAAGCAUCCCUUCAGAAUAAACUCAGAAGAGUUCUUUGAGCUUUGUGCUUCUUGAAUCUGCUACUGACCAGAUAUUGCAGCGUUGGAUGGCUAACUGCUGGUGAAGGAAGCAAGGUAUUCUGGCUUAGCUGCAAUCUAGUCUAUUGGGGAUCUACUUCUUGCCAUGAAUAACAUGGUGGUGUAAUGGAUGAGGAUGUCAACCGGUCUGCAAAUGUAGGAAUCAUUCUUUGGUGCUAUGUUGGGAGUGGGGAUGGUAUCAAAAAGUUAAUCCCUCUCAAACCUUCCUGUGUCACUCAAGAUUUCAAGAUUUUCCAAGCUGAUUUGAUAUGGACCAUUCACUUAUCCCAACUGUGGAAGCUCUUCAUUUUUUUCACCAGACCUUUUGGUCUUCCCCAAACUCUUUGGUUUUAACACAUGCCUUUUUAAGUAGAGGGAACUAGAACUACUGAUGGGAUUCAAAGUAGACUUGUGUAGAGGUGUAAUGAUGUCUUCUGAUUUGUUCUCUUUUCAAGGAAUAGAUGGCUUAUUAACAGAGAAUAUAUAAUUUAAUAAUAAUUGCUAAAAUAUGCCCCCCCCCCCAGUGUUACCAAGCAUAGAAGUGAUAUCUUCAUGGUACUGUGCCUGAUAAGGCCUAAAACCCAUACUGAGGGGGUAGAGUCUGUUCUAAGCCCAUCAUUUUAUUAUUUUAACUUUGAAUUGUUCUCCCCAUUUGCACCACAUUACAUUUACCUACGCAGGAUUUUGUCUAUCUACAAUUUGUAUUUGCAGCAAGGAAGCAAGAAAAGUCAAAGCUCAGCCUCAGCUGACACUGACCAGUGUGUUGUCAGUCAAUAAAAGAGGCUUUAAAGUAUGCCAAUGGCAAGAGAAAGUCUAAGGACAGCACUGGACUGGUAGUUGAUGCAGACCAUCACCCAACAAGUAAGGAUGAGGAAAAUAUGAAGCUGGGGAAAGACAUAGAGGAGUCUUGAAGCAGAAGGCAGAAUCAAGGGCAAAAGAAGGGAUUAGGAAAGCUUAAGACACAGGUGGAGAUUAAGCCAGAUGUUUAAGAGCGUAAGAGCACAGAGUUUUUUUUUUUUGCUGCUCAGUACCAUGUAACAGUAAUCAACCUUAAGAAUUCACGGAAAGAAAAAAAUAAAAACCACAACAAUUUUGACCUGUGAUGGUAGUACCACGCUCAGGAUCUUGGAAGGGGAGGGGAAGAGGGCACCUAUCCGGAAGACAGAAGCAAUUGUGGGUCGCCGUCAGCCAAAAUGUCCCACUUUGUGUUGUUUCACUGGAUUGUCAUACAGACCUUCAUAGUGCACACCAUGUCAGAAACUGUUGUUCAAGGAGUGAUAGGACAACCUGUCACAUUGCCUUGCUCCUACCGGGUAGCACGAGAGAAGGACAUCUCCGAUAUGUGCUGGGGCAGAGGCCCGUGCCCAAACUCCAAGUGCAAUGGCAAACUUUUGCACACCACUGGGAACAGGGUGACGUUCAGAACAUCACAGCGGUACAACCUGCAGGGCUACAUUUCCUACGGAGAUGUGUCUCUGACCAUUCAGGAGGUGAAGGCAGAAGAUGCGGGCACAUACUGCUGCCGCGUGGAGAUCCCAGGCUGGUUCAAUGACAUCAAGAAGAACAUUCAGCUGGCGGUGCUCGAAGCACCCUCUGUGAAGAAAAAGCCUAAGAAAAAUGAUUCCAAAACCACAAAACUUCCCAUAAAAACAACUUUUGCACCCCAAACAACUUCUGGUCUUCAAGGAACAGUGCGGACUGCUGUCUUCCUGACAACCACUGUCCCCACAGCAGCUCCUGCAACCACUGAGUCUCCGAGGGUAACAACUGUUUAUUUUCCCCCAGUAUUUGAUGAGACAGCAAGUGGCACUUAUCUAGAAAAAAUGGUGUCAACCAGUGCUCUCCAAGAAUUUUCAUCCAGUUUUCAAGCAGCUGAUAUGAGGACUGAAGGUGAUGGCUUCUUCUACUCAACAGAGUUAAUCCCUCUUCCUGAAGCAACAGCCCUGCCAGAGCCAACCACACUUCAGACACCGAAGUUAACCCUUGGUCCCUCAGCAAUGAACACUGCAUCAGAAACUGUUGUUCGAGGAGUGAUAGGACAACCUGUCACAUUGCCUUGCUCCUACCAGGUGGCACAAGAGAAGGACAUCUCCGAUAUGUGCUGGGGCAGAGGCCCGUGCCCACACUCCAAGUGCAAUGGCAAACUUUUGCACACCACUGGGAGCGAGGUGACAUUCAGAACAUCGCAGCGGUACAACCUACAGGGCUACAUUUCCUACGGAGAUGUGUCUCUGACCAUUCAGGAGGUGAAGGCAGAAGAUGCGGGCACAUACUGCUGCCGCGUGGAGAUCCCAGGCUGGUUCAAUGACAUCAAGAAGAACAUUCAGCUGGUGGUGCUCGAAGCACCUCCAUUGAUGACAACAACCACGGGAAAAGCUCUCACUUCCCCCAACCAUUUCAGAACAACGACUUUUGCUCUCCAAGAAACUUCUGAUCUUCAAGCAACCACGUGGACUGCUGUCCCCACAGUAGCACCUACAACCACUGGGUCUCCCCCAACGUUUGAUGAGACAACAAGUGAUAACGUUAUGGAAGAAGUGAUGACUAUCAGUGCUCUCCCAGAUUUUUCAACCAAUUUCGAAACAAGUGAUGCAUGGAUUGAAGGUGAACCUGUGUUCUGCGCAACACAGCCCGAAGUGACUACUGAAUUCCCAAGUAUACAUUUGACUACAGACAGAACUGAAGAGGCCAACAGUUCUCUCUUGACAGAUGAUGUGCCAACUGUAGCAACAGCACUGCCAGAGCCAACCACACUUCAGACACCGAAGUUAACCCUUGGUCCCUCAGAGACUUCAGUGAGUUCAGACAGCAAUACAGAGAAAACUGGGAUGAAACUUUCCUUUCCCAUCUCCACCAUUCUCACCGUAUCUCUCAUAGGGAUAUCCAUUAUUUUAAUGUUGAUAGUCUUAUCGUUGCUUUGGAAACGAAGACACACAAGGAAAUUUAUUUUAAAAAGCCUUAGACCAGCUGAAGACCUUGAAAAAGUUUUCAGUGGCUCUGAAGGAGAAAACAACCUUUUUGUGCUGUGAAGAGCUCCUGCGUUGUCAGUGGAUGGCCUGGAAUAAAGCACAGCUGCACUGCAAAUAGAAAGGACCUGUUUCGAGCUGCAUGGAGAGACGUUUGUGAGCCCUCAAAAUAUCAGUGGGUGUAAACCAAAGGCCAAAGCUUCAACUAUGAAAAUUUAAAAUCUUUGUGCAAAUUUUGCCAUCUCACCUUUAAAGCUCACUGUGUAAAGAAGCUUCUUUUAGAGUAUGCAUUAUUCAGUAGUAUUUCUGGGAUCUGUGUUCUUAUUAAUACCAAAUUAAAUGUUUUUCUCCGAGUUUUACUAAUGCUUUUCCUUGAAUACAACUCAGACUGUGAGGAAUAGAAGAAAUAGCAGUGAAUCCUGCUUAACUUUGAAGUGCAAAGAAAUAUACAAAUCAGCAAAUACAAAGUUUCUUAUUGCUUUUAUAUAAUCAAGAGAAAAAUUAAGCCACGGGAAUGCUGUAAGAAUAAAUAAAGAUGUAGAUCACUUCAGGGGUUCCAAUGCUGCCCUUGAUUCAGCAUGUUCGACUGACCCUGGGAGACUAUGCUAAUAAACUUUGUAAUUUACCACUA